CGAUCAGUCAGAAAGAAAAAUAGAUGUGUAUGCCGAGUCGAGUGAGACGACUAUUCUUGUAUUUGUUAUGUCGACGUCAGAAUAAUUAAAUAUGAUGGAAGAUAUCGAUGGGAACUUUUUAUCGCUGUUGUGUCGCUGUCAAGACCACAUAUAAUGUGUACCUUCUCAAGCUAGGCCAAGUACAUAUAGAUGGCAUUACGGCGGGUGAAGCUGACCAAUCAAACUCGGGUUCUCUUUUAUAUUCGUGGUCUGUUGGCGGGGAUUCCGAUCAGCGCCAAAACCCCCAAACAAGGUGCAUCAUUGAUGGAACUGAAGACUGCACCAAACAUUGUCAAGAAAGGUUUGAAAAUUGCCAGACUAGAAGAAGGGAAGAAGUCCUUCACGAUUGCAGUGGAAGGAAACAUUGGCAGUGGGAAAACUACAUUGCUGGAGUACUUCAAAUCUUCCCCAAAUGUUGAGGCCAUAAGAGAGCCAUUGGAGCAAUGGACCAAUGUCCAGGGACACAAUGCUUUGGGGUUGCUGUACCAGGAUCCAUCACGAUGGAGCUUUUCAUUCAAUAUGUAUGCAACUUUGACAAGGGUACAAAUGCAUACAAAACAGUCCGAAAAACCCAUUAAAAUGUUGGAAAGAACUUUACACAGCACACGGUACUGUUUUGUGGAGAAUGAUUUCAGGAACAAAACAAUUAAUGGGUUGGAGUAUGCUGUUGUCACAGAAUGGUUCAACUGGCUUACAGCAAGCCAAAAAAUUAACAUUGAUCUCAUAGUUUACCUACAGUGCAAUCCAGAAGUCUGUUUUAAGAGGAUAAAGAAGCGAGACAGACGGGAGGAAGAUGGGGUUCCAAAGAAGUUAAUUGAAGAUCUACAUAAUCUACAUGAAGAGUGGUUGGUUGAACAGAAAUACUUCAAGGCUCCCGCACCAGUGUUGAUAUUAGACGCUAACCAAGAUUAUGAAGAUCUGGUGAAGGAUUAUGACCUAAAAAGACAGAAGAUAUUGUGUGGUUACUCCUGAUGUGGCUUUCCUGCCUCGAUCGAGUUUGUAGAGAAAGCUCACUUGUAACAUGUGACUUUUGAGCCUCACAAUAAGAGAUGUGGAAACUUGGGUGACUCUUGAAUCUCUUGAUGAGAGAUGUGGACUUAUGUUGGAACCAUGAUAUGGACAGGUGUGUGGUCUGAUGUAUUGACCAUGUGGUCACUGUCUGCCUCUUCAAGUCGUCUUCUGCAUGCUGACUAAGCAUUGUGUUUUGAGAAACAUUGUGCACUCACAACAAGGCUAUAACAACAGUGUGAUGG